UGUCCCCCCAUGCUGCCGGCAGUGGGGCAGCCUACGAGUUAAAGUAAUCCCUUGUCAGGCCAGGUUUGGCCAAGAGAGCUUGCAGUUCACGACCUGAGCAUGGGACGGGUCCUGCUACCUCAGGAUGUGACCACAGGCCAGUUGUCCAGGGUCCGAGUCAAAGGGAUGCUCAGCCUGCCCCAUUUCGGGCAGUGGGGAUGUGUCACUUGUGAGGAUCACACCCCUGCAGUGCCUGUACACCAGCAUCCCCCCCUAUACAAAGGGCCCUUUCCAGCAGUGUCUGUUGCUCAGGGUUGCUGAUGCUCUUUGAGGUCUUUGGUGGAAGGAGCCAUGACGGCAGGCAGGGACCUCUGCCUGGUUUGCUGUGCGUGGUGCUUUCCAGACACCUAUAAUGAAUCAGGCUCCGAGGAAUUUAGCCUCCAAACUCUGCUUGCAGCGAUUACACUGAAAUGACCUUUGUUUGCAUGAAGAGCAGCGCUGUCAUCCACGGAAUGUGGGGAUGGCGUGACUAAUAUAAUGCUGUGUCCUGAACAAACAACAGAGUAUCACCUUGGAGGAAUAUAACCUUGCUGCCCCGCUGACUCGCUGGAAAUACUGGCUUAUCUACACUUCUGCCUAUGGUGCCUGCCCUGUCUCAGUGUAGCCUGGUGGGGGAAGAAAAGCAGCAGACAGGCUACAGAGAACUUUUUUUGUGCAUCACUGAACUAACUCUUGCUUGUCCAAGCAAAACAGGAUGGAUGGGAAGAAGUGGUACCAAGUUACAGAUAAGACGGUUCUAGCAGGGUCCAAGUCUCUUCUCUAAAGAGAAGUUCCAGCAUCAGAGAGGCUGAGAAGUAAACACUCCAAUCAACCAAAAUGGAAGGAGGCAACAGUCCAAGUCUGCAACUUCAGCAACUUCCGGUGGCCACAGCAGCGGUUUCUGUACAGCCACACACUGACUCCUUUUCUUACAAGGAGAACUUGAUUGGUGCAUUACUAGCUAUUUUUGGGCAUCUUGUUAUCAGUAUUGCGCUCAAUCUCCAGAAAUAUAGCCACAUCCGACUGGCAGGUUCCAAAGACCCCCGAGCCUACUUCAAAACCAAGACAUGGUGGUGUGGACUGUUUCUGCUGGUGCUGGGAGAGCUGGGAGUGUUUUCCUCUUACGCCUUUGCUCCUCUUUCACUGAUUGUGCCGCUCAGUGCCGUGUCUGUAAUAGCUAGUGCAAUCAUAGGAAUUAUAUUUAUUAAAGAAAAAUGGAAGCCCAAGGAUUUUUUGAGGCGCUAUGUUUUGUCCUUUGUAGGCUGUGGUUUGGCAAUUGUUGGAACUUAUCUGCUGAUAACAUUUGGACCUAAUAGUCAUGAGAAGAUGACAGGAGAAAAUAUCACUAGGCAUUUAGUGAGCUGGCCAUUUCUGUUGUAUAUGCUUGUGGAGAUCGUCAUAUUCUGCCUGCUACUAUAUUUUUACAAGGAGAAAAAUGCAAACUACAUUGUUGUUAUUCUUCUGCUGGUAGCUUUGCUGGGUUCCAUGACUGUUGUGACCGUGAAGGCUGUGGCGGGCAUGAUUGUUGUCUCGAUACAAGGAAACUUACAACUCGACUACCCUAUAUUUUAUAUCAUGUUGGUGUGCAUGAUUGCUACAGCGAUCUUUCAAGCAACAUUUUUAGCCCAAGCCUCACAGCUGUAUGACUCCUCUCAGAUUGCCAGCAUCGGCUAUAUCCUGUCGACAACAGUAGCAAUCACAGCAGGAGCAACUUUUUACUUGGACUUCACCGGUGAAGAUGUUCUCCAUAUAUGUAUGUUUGCACUUGGGUGCCUCAUAGCAUUUCUCGGUGUCUUCCUGAUCACAAGAAAUAGGAAGAAAUCUGUACCAUUUGAACCUUACAUAUCAAUGGACGCUAUGCCAGGCAUGCUGAACAUGCACGAUAAAGGGAUUGCAGUUCAGCCUGACCUCAAAGCUUCUUUUUCCUAUGGUGCCCUAGAGAACAAUGACAGCAUGCCGGAAAUUUAUACUCCAGCUACAUUGCCAAUCGUGCAGGAGCAACAUGGUUCCAAAGGAGUUUCUGCUCCACCCUACCGGGUGCUGGAGCACAGCAAAAAGGAGUGAGUGACCUUUAAGGAACUGAUUUGAAUCAUCAGAAGUAUGACCUUUAUUUAUUUACCCAUUAAAAUAUAAGCAAGUGUAAAGCCAACCUUGAUAUAGUUUAAAGCUCGUCUCAAACUUAACUUUCAAGGCUGAUUAUUAAAAUAAACAACUCUCUGUCAUUGUGAAGUUGAAAGCAUUCGUCUUGGCAAGAAGUAAAUCACAGUUCUCCAUUGAAGGCUGCUGCCUGGAAGCAUGAAAUGGUGAGUGCAGUAUCAUGGCAGUAUGAAACCGAUGAGAGAGCGGACGCUGUGAAAAUGCAGAGCUGUGAAAGAGAAGUGACUGUGCAAUUUUUAGUCCUGCUGGGAGCAGGUUUAUCUCCAAAUAGAAGUUUUCAGGAAGUUGCUCGCAGAGAGAGGAGGGCAGGAUUUAAUCUUUCUUAUAUAGAGACCGUGAUGGAUUUCCAGAAAAGUAAAUCCUCAUGUCUCUAGCAUAACCACUAAACUACCUUAACUGGCAAUAAAAUGUAAUUGUUUUCAAGCACGAAUACUGAAAAUUACUGUGUCUUUAGAGCAACACAUAUGGCUAGAGUGAGCAAGCUAAUUUAUUCCUUCAAAACGUGAAUCUUGGGCACUUCCUGUACAACUGUUCUCUGACUGCCGUUGAACAUAUGCACUGAGUAUGUGAAUUGUUUUCAUAGCACCACCGGAUUAUCUGGCAUCUUAGAACAAAGAUUAUUUGGCAGUUUUAUGGUUUCAUAGCAGGAGCUCCAAGUUGGAUUAGAUGGUGCAGAGGGAACACUGUGAAGUACAAGAACAAGAAGAAAUGAGAAUAGUAGCAUGACUGGUAUCUGGUGGGAAUUUUUUUUUAGGUCUUGAUGAGGUCCUAAUUCUGUUACAACUUCUUCUUUCCAGUUGAGGCAGGGUAUCCAACUUUGUUCAGUGGUCUUAAAUGCUUAAAGGUGUUGACAUUCCUUAGUUAAAAACCUCAGUCUAGGUGUUUUAGGCUGCCCCCUCCUUUUUUUUUUUUUUUCUUUAAAAAAAGCGAAAAAAGAUACUGGUCUAAUACUGUGAAUGACCUAAGAGGAAAAAAGAAGCGUGCGCAGUCCAGCACUCGGUGUGGGCUGUAAGAAUAAUGGAUCAUUGUGUACUCAUGGUAUUUAUCUUUCCAGCUUCCAAGAGAUGGCUAGAAGCUGAUAUGAAUGGAGAAUAGACACAAGGGGGGGCAGAACUUGUCAAGUGAAAAGGACAAAGUACAACAUUUACUGGCAUAUGCAUAGUGGCACUUCAAUAUCAUCAUCUCUAAAAGCAGUUGUUUUGCUGGGAAACAGAAUUUUAAGUCUACUCGGUGUAUCUUGGACUGUAUACAUAGUGGAGGGUCUCCAUGACCUUAGAAGACCUUAUUUGAAAUGAAUAGUGCUUGUGUUCUCCCAUUUUUAAGUGGUUACUCUGAUACCAAGGGGUUUGGGAGGAUCUUGGACUUGCAACAGUGACUUUCUGCAGUAUUUUUUUUUUUUUUUUUUAAUUAAAUUGACUCAUGGCCAGUGUCUGUUCCCACUACCAAAAAUUCCCAAGAACUCCACUGACUUGUAUAUAGUUAUUCCAGAUUGUUGCUAUUAUAUAUGACAAUAGAACUGGGUUUUUUGCAUAUGUUUGCUUUGCCAGCUACAAAUACCAAUUUAAUCUGGAAAUACUUGAGAUUGCUUUGGCAUUUUUGUGCAGCUUAGAAAAAUUAUAACCUUCCCCUCCUGCAAAGAGUAGAUGCCUAGUGGCUGUACGUGUACCUGUAUGUGAAGUUUCUUCACCAACUUGGCAUGUCUGACAACUUAGAUCUUAUCAGUGGCAUCCUGUGCACUACAGCUUAUGAAACCUCAAGAAAUAACAGCUUUUCGUUUGCCCUCAAUACUUUUUGUGUUUAAGUAAGAUAACAACAUUAAUGGGCUAAUACUGCCAGAACAUUAAUCUUGCUGGAGUUGCAGUGACACUGAUUUACUACCUUUUGGCUUUGUAUCCCCGGUAAUCAAUCGUUUGUGAAUUUAUGUGCAGCUUUUGUUCAUUAACAAUACAAAACAAAGUAGUACAGGAGAGGCUGAAUGGGAAGGGUACAAGAAUCCUGGCUUUUCUUAUCUCUUCCCUUUUAAUCGGUGAGGCAGUAGCUGUUUUGACCUAUUAGUUCUGAAAGCACAGAAACAUAUUGUUUUAAAACAAGCUGUGCUAAACAAUGCAUAGCUGCAAACUCUACUUUUUACAUAGCAAUGUAAAUCUGUGUUUAAUUAUUACAGAUGUGGCUGUGGUAUAAAAUAAUCAGAAGCGCCUAAAUGUUUUGCUGUUGGCUUCUACUAUUAGGAUGGUCCUGUGUGUUACAGAACAUAGUUUUCUCAGUUCUUAGGUUUUUAGUAGUAUUUAAAAACUGCAGGUGACUGGUGUGUGGGCUUUGUAGCCAGUAAAUGGCUGGUUAGGUUUUUCUCCUAAUCGUGGGAAUGAUGAGAGACAGACACAGAGUGCUUUGCCGGGGAAGAGAGCUACUCUGAUGCUGAGCCCCCGCUUCUACUUCUCUUUUGUGGGCUGCUCUCUGGCCUGAUGCAGUGAUUUUUAUUUUUUGCAGUAAGUUGCCUGGAUUCUCCAUAGCCCUGCAGCCUGAGCACCAACUGACUCCUGGCCUGACCUUCUCUGCCAGAGAGCCCUCAGUCGUCAGCACGUGGCUGGCUUCUGCUCUGAGUGAAAUUUCCUCCAGCCAUAACCUGAGCUUUUGUAUUAUUGUGCUGGUUUGGCCCUUUUCUUUCAAAGACUCUGAAGGCAAGAGUCUUCCUCUAAAGCUUUAUAUAACCAUGUUUUAUUUACACAGUCUGUGUGUGUUUUAAUAAUUCUACUUAAUAAUGACAGUUCCCUUUACCUGGAGCGAGACUUGCUUUUGGAAACUUCCUGACAAAGGACUCCAGGGGAGGUGAUGUCUGUUUCUACAGCACAUAAAUCACAAUAUUUUAGAUUACUCCAUUGUGCCGCCUCAGUAGAGCCUGGGGUGGUCAUUGGGCUAUAGGCCUCAACUCAAUGCACUGAUGUUAUAAGGGUUGCAUUUCUGCCAGGCUGUGUUAGCCACCGUAAGCACGGUAGUAGGACUGCCAGACUGCACCUCGCUCCUGCUUGCUGCCUUCGUUCAAUACUUGAAUUUUAAAAUGUGGGCUUUGGUUUGGUUUUUUUUUUUUGUAUUUUAUGUACUUCUCCCUUUCUUGCUCUUU